CAGGCGAAUAAGGUCUACACCUUUAAGUCACUAGUCGUGGCGAGUUUCCGUCAUUAUCGAGCUGAUGACGGGUAGCCUUUAAAGGGUGAUACACAUGUGAGCGGUAAACUGUUAGAUCUCUUGGCCUUACUAAGCACCGUUUAACUGGAUGAUACAAAUGUGAACGGUUGUAGGCAUUUAGAUCCCGGAUGAUACAAGCGUGAGCGCUGGUAAAUUAGCUUACUAUCUUAAAGCGUUUAGCAUCGUUUGAUUGGAACAAAUGUGAGCGCUGAUCUCUCAGCAUUUACCACCAUCCUGAUACAAACAUGAGCUAAAUGUUCACGGAUGGUGCAGUAAAGACGAGCAUUUUGAGAGAAAUUUGAGCGAUCCUAGUAAAGGCAACCUACAAUGGAUAACCAAACCGAGGCUACGAAUGGGACCCAGUCCUUCUGCGGACCCUUCUACCAGUCCAACUCGGUUUACUGGCUGAAGACCUUUAUUUACAUCGUUACCAUGGUGAUAUCGCUAGUGGGGAGCACACUCGUGGUAUGUGUAAUUUACCGAAAUCGUCGGCUGCGCACGCAGACGAACUACCUGAUCGCCAACCUCGCUAUCAGCGACUUCGUCAUGACGAUUUUCACCAUGCCGGCCACGUUAGAGGUAUUCGUGACACGUGACUACUCCUGGUACGAUGGUUGGUUCGCAGAGGUCACGUGCAAACUAAUAACGUUCAUCCAAGGCUCGAGCAUGGCAUGUUCGGUAUUUACGCUGACCGCUAUAGCGUGGGAGCGGUUUUUCGCCAUUGUAUACCCUCUACGAAUGACAACGAGGAUCCGGAACUCUAGGGUUACUAUAGUAAUCGCCUGGUUUCUAAGCGCGCUUGUGACGUCACCAUCUCUGUACACAAUGAGGGUGAUUAAAAUGGACGGUGUUCCCUAUUGCCACGAGAUCUGGUCCCCACCCCUCCACCCCACAGUAUCCCCCCUCGUGUUCACUAUCGUCUCCUUCGUAGCAUUAUACGCAUUACCGCUGACCAUCAUCAUCGCGCUGUACUCGACCAUUGUCUACAAAAUGUGGUUCAGAAAAAUUCCAGGAAAUUCGCACUCGUCGAUACGAGAACUCGAGCAGCGAGUUAAGAGGAAUGUCGUAAAAAUGCUAAUUACUGUUGUCGGGGUCUUCACGGUGUUCUGGCUGCCUCUGCAUCUGAAUCUGCUGCUACGCGGAGCCACCGACGUGUUCUCCCGCUGUGGGGCCCCAGACGCCCUCUCAUUCACGGCGUAUGUACUAUCGCACGCGACAGGCGCCGUAAACUUCGCCAUCUACGUUUUCUUUAGCGAGGAAUACAGUCAAGGAUUCAAGGAAGUUCUCGCGUUAUGUUGGAUGAGGGAGAGGGUGGUAUUCACGAGAGGUUCCCGGACGGAGAUGACUCUACUUAGUAGAAAAGGCUGGAGAGGGACUUUCAGGGAUGCGAGGGGGAAUAGAGUCAUGAGCUCGCCAAGGGUUAGUUCGCCAAGGACGGGAAGAGGCAGGUUAGGGUCUCGUAGUUUUAUCAUGGAAUAUUCUUCGAACGUCUAAGCUCCCGCCUGAGUGCUAUUUACGGAUCCAAGAGGAAGAGACCAUGAACUGGUGUUAAUCAACAAUCACGCGUUACCUAAGGUUUGUUUGACUAAGUAUGGCGAGAAAGAGGCGAAGUACUCGUAGCUUAAUCAUCGGUUAUUCUUUAAACUUCUUGUAUCGCAUUCACAAGUAAUUGGCAAAGAACUAGUUCUGCUCGCUUCCCCA